ACACAUGCGGGGCAUGUGGAGUUCAGGGGCAUAAAAUCCGAGGUGUGCCCAUCGGCGUUUGACCAGGAGGUAGGAGAACAAUAUGAAGAUGUCAAUGCCCUCCAAGGUUAUCAGAACCGACAGCCCAAUGACCCCUACUCCAACACGUACAACCCCGGGUGGAGAAAUCACCCACAUUUCUCGUGGUCCAACAACAACAACACCCUCCAGCCACCUCGUCCAAACUUCAGCCAACAACAGCCCCGUCCAAACCUCAUGCAGCAUCAAACCCGUCCCAACUUCAUCCCCCGUCCGAGCUACCAACAACAACAGCAACCACAACAGCCAGCCCAAGGGUUCAGUUCAAGCUCGUCAAAUCAAGAUGACAAGCUGGACCAGAUCCUUCAGUUUAUCACCAACCAGGACUCAUAUAUUAAGCGUCUCGAGACGCAAGUGGGUCAGCUUGCCACGAGAGUCGGGAACAUGGAGGCUGAGUCAAACAAGGGGAAACUUCCGAGCCAGCCCGAGCAAGCAAAGACGAUAACAGUGUUGAGGAGCGGGAAGGAAGUGGACAACAAAGUUAGAAUGCCCGAGCCUGAUGACCCCAAACCAACUGACCAGCCUAAAGAAACCGAGGAGAGUGGAAAGAGCACAAAAACCGACUCGGGAAAACCGACAGUGAGUCCCUUGCUUCACAAGUCUCCAAAGCCUUACAUGCCACGCAUCCCUUUUCCAAGCCGACUUCGAGAUGAGAAGCAAGAGCAACAAUUCCGGGAUCUAUACAACAUGCUCUCAAAAGUCAACGUGAACUUACCUCUCCUAGACGUGAUCAAGAACAUGCCAUCGUAUGUGAAGUUCUUCAAAGACCUGGUCACAAAGAAGAGGAAGUUUGGCGAUAGAAAGAAGGUGGUAGUCUAUGAGGCGGCGAGUGCCAUGCAACAUGACCUUCCAAAGAAAGAAAGAGACCCCGGGAGCUUCGUGAUCAAAAUCUCCCUCGGGAAUGGGAAAGAAGCUUCGGGGAUGCUUGACCUCGGAGUGGGAAUCAACCUUAUACCGUUUUCCAUCUUUCAACGGCUUGGUCUCGGUGAUUUAAGACCAACCCGUAUGUGCCUCCAGCUUGCCGACCGUUCGAUUCGAUACCCCAAGGGGGUAGUUGAAGACGUUCUUGUUCGCGUAGGAAGGCUUAUCGUUCAUGUGGACUUUGUUGCUCUGGAU